UUCGUGUUGGAUUGUCAUUUCAUUUGGAGUUUUCAUUUUGUUUAUUAUUUUUACGUUUAAAAAAUAGAAAACCAUGUAACAACUAACAGCAAUUAUACGUUUAUGUAAAAAAUUAAAAAUAAACGAUUACACUAUCUCAGCCAAUCAUAAACGGACUUCCGCCAAACGCAACAGUUACCAUAGUAACGCCAAAACGCUCUGGUAGCUCUACACCUCGUAGUGCUCGUUAAUUUUUUUUUCGAUUUUCUUUUCUAUUUCUGUUUAUUUAGAUUUUUUUUUUAAACCGGUAAAUAAAUUGAACCAAUUUUAUUUAAAAGACCACGAGGACAUAACAUUGCUGUUGCCAAGACAACAUCACCUGUAUCACCUGUAUCUGUAGUCACCGUCCAUGAAGGAUAAAAUGUCCCACACUGAGAAACAUCAGCAGGAUCACCGUACUCCUUGUCUGAAUCCUGGGAACCCUGUGUUCUCCUGCAUGCUACAGUCAUCAGCCUCGUCAGGACCCAAACCUCAGGAUCUUCUGUACAGGACCACCUCCAGCAAGUACGGAUCUCUGCCCCCGACUUUCGAGUCGUCCCCGUGUGUCUAUCACCCUGUGUCUCAGGCUUUCUCCAAGCACAUGGGAAAGUGUGGGAUGUACCGGGACACCACGUUCAACACCAUCCUGGACCGCAGCAGGGUGUACGACUGCCCCAAUUUACACCACACCAUCUGAGCUCACUAGACACCCGAUCCUGCACCGAGCGGGCAGACAGAGUUUAAUAUAAAGACUCUUCGUUAUAGAUCUUCAGGACCAGUCUUGCUCUACAACCGCCUUUAUAUAAA